GCAUCCUGAAUGUUUACAAACCUAUAAUUGGUCUUAUAGACCAUUGAGCGUGCUCGUGACAUCAUCAACCCGCGUCAAGGUUUUCUUGUUAUCAUCCUACUUGUUAUCUCGAAUAUUUGCCUGGAUAAAACAAAUGUCAACAGAGCCUCCAGCAGUGAAUGAGGUCUAGAGUUGUUUUGGAGCAGCCCUCCAUCUGGAGCCAAGAUGGGCCAGCAGUUUUCUGGCCAGGCAGUGACCAGACUCCCUGAGAAACUGAUCAAACAUGUGGGGCUAGUGCGUGACAGUGGCUACCUCACCUAUGAUGAGUUCUUGGGUCGUGUGGCAGAGCUCAACGAUGUAACUGCUAAACUAGCCUCUGGACAAAAUAAACAUCUUUUGUUUGAAGUACAGCCGGGAUCUGAUGCAACAGCGUUAUGGAAGGUUUCUGUGAGAAUAGUGUGCACCAAGAUUAACAAGGAGGAUGGAAUGGUGGAGGCCUCCCGUAUUAUGAAUCUGUACCAGUUUAUCCACCUCUACAAAGACAUCACCAGUCAGGCAGCUGAAGUAUUUUGUUCAGAGGCUGCAGCAGAGGGAUCCUCUGGACCGCUGUCAUCAGAAGACACCUGCCAGGCCAGCAUGUGGAUGGGCAGGGUGAAACAGUUGACUGAUGAGGAAGAAUGCUGUAUCUGCAUGGAUGGGAAAGCAGACCUUAUUCUGCCCUGUGCACACAGCUUCUGUCAGAAGUGCAUUGACAAGUGGAGCGGUCAGAGCCGAAACUGCCCCGUCUGCCGGAUUCAGGUGACUGCCGCUAAUGAAUCAUGGGUCAUGUCAGAUGCUCCCACGGAGGAAGAUAUAGCUGGGUACAUUCUCAAUCUAGCGGAUGAAGCCGGGCACCCACACAGACCUUAAAAUGAAGCACUGUGCCACUGUCAUACUCACUGUCUCCCCAUAGCAGAUGACCUUCUUUAAACAGUUAUUUCAUAGGGUGACUGUGGGUAUUUGUUGCACUAUAUAGUGUCACUCACUGGAGGCAAUAACUGCUGAGUUU